AUGGCCCCUGUUGCAACUGUGGAACAAGUCGGAUUCAAAAAGCUACUGAAAAUGAUGGACCCGAGAUAUGAGCUUCCCAGUCGCAACUACUUUGCACGAGAAGCACUGCCACAAAUGUACACUGACGUCAGGCAGAGCCUUGCUGACCGGCUCGCUAACAUGACUCAUUUUGGGUUGACCAGCGAUAUGUGGUCAAGCAGGACGUGUGAGCCUUACAUGAGCGUGACAGUUCACUUCAUUCAAGACUGGGAGAUGAAAACAGCGUGUCUUCAAACAAGUUAUUUCCCCCAGGAUCACACCGGUGAGCAUAUAGCUGAGGCCCUGCAGGACGCAAUUGCAAGCUGGAAACUCCAAGAAAAGCAUCUGGUUGCUAUAACAACCGACAACGAGAGCAACAUCGUCAAAGCGGUUGAGCUGAACGAGUGGCUGAGGAUGCAGUGCUUCGGUCACAGACUACACUUGGCUAUUGGACAUGGCAUGAAUGACAAGCGCGUCACCCGGGCCAUUUCUCUGUGCAAGAGAAUUGUAAGCUGUUUUUCAUACAGCUGGAAGAAAAGGAGACAUCUUGCUGAAGUCCAGAUUCAGCUGGGUCUGCCAAGUCACCAACUCAUAACCGAGUCUGCCACACGCUGGGGAUCGAGGCAGCAGAUGAUAGAGAGAGUCCUGGAGCAGGAAGGAGCACUGGCCAAAGUCCUGUCUAAUGACAAAAAGACCAGGCACCUUGUCCCUACCUGGCAGGACUUAGAGGUCCUAGAAGCAGUCCAAAAGAACGAAAGUCUCCUGGCAUGUGAACUGGGUGAUAGCGAGCUUUGUAAAGCGAUCAAGACCAGCAUUGUUGAAUACCUCAACAGCAAGUAUUCUGACCCUGCCACUACUGACCUAUUGGAGAUGGCUUCAUUUGUGGAUCCACGGUUCAGGGCCACCUACAUCCCAAGUGAAAAAGUCGAUGCAUUGAAGCACAGAGCUGUCCUGGAGGUGGAGACGCUACUGGCUGAUCAACCGCCUUACCUACAUGUGCCCACUGUGCCUGAACCUGCAGAUGGAGAAGCAGCAGUAGCACCAAAAGCUAAGACACUGGCAAGCUUCUUCAAGCAGCGCACAGCCACCACCACUGCACCAACCAAGAGGGGGGCUAUUGAAAAUGAACUGUCAAGUUACUUGCAGUCAGCAAGUGUGGAGAGUGACACUGAUCCCCUCAAGUGUUGGAAGGAUCAUGAAGUUGUCUUUCCAGCUCUGAGCCACCUAACAAAAAAGUAUCCCUUGGUACCAGCUACCAGUUCACCCUCUGAACGUGUUUUCAGCUGCAGUGGUAAUAUCGUGACCUGCCACAAAGCAUCUCUGAACCCGGAUGCCAUUGACAGGCUGGUGUUUCUCGCACAAAAUCUUUAA